GUACGCAUCAAGCCGCAACCACAGGGACCGCGAGCGCGAGGAUCGCUAUGGUGGAAGCAGUGGCGGCGGCGGCGGCGGCGGCGGCGGACGUGACAGGGACAGGAGAGACAGGGACUGGGACCGUGGUGACCGCCGCAGAGGAGAUGAUCGCCGCGACGGCGCGCGCCCUCCCCGACGGGAUCGCGACCUUUUCGACGACAGGCGCGGCCCGAGAAGAGACCGGGAUGACCGCGGUGCCGGCGGCCGAGACCGAGGCGAUCGCGACGAAGACCUCUUUGCACAGAACCGACGCGGCCGUAGCCCGACGCCUCCGCCUAAGAAACGAGAGCCUACACCCGACCUGACCGACAUUACCCCCGUGCUUGAGCGCAAGCGAAGGAUGACACAAUGGGACAUCAAGCCUCCGGGAUACGAAAAUGUGACUGCCGAGCAAGCUAAGCUUUCGGGCAUGUUCCCUCUACCUGGCGCGCCGCGACAGCAGCAGGUUGAUCCUUCCAAGCUCCAAGCGCUUGUGAACCAGCCCACGGGUUCUGCCAACAACACUGCACUCAAGCCGACAAAUGCGCGACAGAGCAAGCGCUUGGUGGUACACAACCUCCCGCCAAUGUCCACCGAGGAAGGUGUCAUGGCCUUCUUCAACUUGCAGCUCAACGGCCUGAACGUCAUUGAGAGUACCGAUCCUUGCGUCCUGUGCCAGCUGUCACAAGAAGGCAACUUUGCGCUGCUCGAGUUCAGGCACCCCUCAGAAGCCACAGUUGCGCUUGCCUUUGACGGCAUCUCCAUGGAGGCCGACGAUGCCAGCAAUGCUACUGGUGGCCUCAAAAUCUCGCGGCCCAAGGACUACAUCGUCCCGGCCAUCGCAGACGAGGCGCCCUAUGAACCCGGUGUCAUAUCGAGGAUCGUUGCCGACACGCCGCACAAGAUCAGCAUUGCCAAUCUCCCUCCUUACCUGACUGAGGAACAGGUGCAGGAACUUUUGGUUUCCUUUGGAGAACUGAAAGCGUUGGUCUUGGUGAAGGACAGCCAUACUGAGGAGUCCCGUGGCGUCGCGUUCUGCGAAUUCGUCGAUCCGUCUGUCACAGAUAUCGCCAUUCAAGGUCUGAACGGCAUGAGCAUUGGCGACAAAGCUCUCAAGGUUGUCAAGGCUAGCAUAGGCAUCACCCAGGUGUCGGGCGUGGAGAUGGGCGUAAACGCCAUGUCCAUGCUUGCUGGCACAACCGCCAUCGGCGAUUUUGACGAAAGCAAGGUCCUUCAGCUGCUUAACAUGGUAACACCUGAUGAGCUUAUGGACAACGACGACUACGAGGAAAUCCUUGAGGAUGUUCAAGAGGAAUGCUCGAAGUUCGGCAAUAUCGUGGCUAUCAAGAUCCCUCGACCAACAGGGGGCAGCAGGCAGUCUGCCGGUGUCGGCAAGAUCUAUGUCAAGUAUGACAGUGCUGCGUCGACCAAGAAGGCUCUUCAAGCGUUGGCUGGGCGGAAGUUCGCUGAUAGGACAGUUGUCACCACGUUUUUCCCCGAGGAAAACUUUGACGUUGGUGCGUGGUAAAUCUAGUCGAGGUGGAAGGACCCGGGUGCGGAAUAGGACUCGAUGUUUGCGUGAGAAGAGAAGACCACCUUAGGGAGUGCAAAGUGUUUGCCAGUCCUGGAGUCUGGCCAUCAUGUAACUUGUGAAUAUUACAAAACUCCAAACGUCGAUGUGGCCCUUGAGGUCAAGCAUGUGACAACAAGCACAAUCAAAAUCAUUGAGCGCUGAGCGGUGCCCAGCUAUAGACUCUGACUCUUCCAGGUGUUAGAGUGGGGGGCUUCUUGUAUCAUAAGCAUUGUUGUCGGGUUGUCUUUAGGGAAGGUUUGCUGUCUCCAAUGCGAUCGAUCACAACG